GUCUUUUCAAAAAGUGAUGAAAAUUAACUAACCUAAAUUUAAAAUGAGAAAGCCUAUUGGACUCACUUUAGAUUUCUUAGAUACACAAUAAUCUUAAAAAGAAUAGACACCAAAAGUACUUAAUUCAAAAUCAAUCAGGUUCAAGAAAUCGACACAUUUGAAGAAUUUUGCAGCUAAAUUCCAGAGAAUUUAUAACAACAAGAAUUAAACUUCUCUAAAUAAUCUUAAUCCUUUUAAUCUUAAUAAAUCAAAUCCAACAAUUAAGAGGAGUCAAUCUGUUCUGAUUUAAAAUAAUCAAUAAUAAGUAUUAAUUUAUUAUAAAUAUCAUUAAUCUAGAUGAAGAAAAAGAUAAUUCAUAAAUUUAAUAUAUUGUCUUUGAAGAGUUUCAUCCUCAAAGUACCAUAAUAUCUGGUCAAUCCGAAUCUAUAAGAAAUUCAGAAAAACAAUUACAAGAGAAAAAUACAGAUCUAAUAAAGGAACCUCCGGCCCCAUCAAAUAAGAACAAUACUAAAUUUUGUUUCCCUUAGAAAGGAACUGGAUUCACUGGAUGUAUUUAUGGUCUAAAAUUUAGUAAAAAAAUAACUCUAAAUUGCAAUUCCAGAAGCAGAUCAUACUAAUACUAGUUCUUAUGAAUAAACAAUGAUUAAACAACAACUAAAAUAAAAUUAAAUGAAUAAUGUUGUGGAUAUGGAACUAAAAUAAUAAAUAUUUUCAUUAUAAAGAGAUAAAGAAUAAAUUAAAAAUUAAUAUAAGUUAGAGAUAAUUGAUUUGAAUGCCAAAAUAUAGGAACUUCAAUAAAAGCUAGACAUUGAAUAAGCAAAUUCAUUAUAAUUAAAACAAGAAAACGAAAAACUAUAACUUAAAAUCUAAUAAUUAGAACAUCAAUAUUCUAUAAACAUAGAUAAAAAUUAAAGCGAUUAAUUUAGCAUAAGUUAUUAGAACAAAUUAACAGAAAAUGAGAAAGUUUAGUAUUUAGUAGAAAAACUAAAUCAAAAAUCUGCAAUAAAUGCAAAGUUGCAAUAUGAAAUUUUCAAAUUGUAGAAUAAUGUAAAAUUGAUGAAUAAUUAGAUUGAACUUUUAUAAACUAAGUAGAUAGUACAAUCUUAUAAUAUAAAUUAAAUAUCAGAUUAUGAGUAAUUAUCAGAUAGCCACUCUCCUCCUUAAUUUGCAUCAAAUCCACCUUUAAUAAAUUAUAAAAAUCGAGAAAGUAAUAAAGCUAGUUUAUUGAUGCAAUAAAAAUAGGCCUUACUAAAUUUAAGUGCCAAUUAGGCUUAAUAGGAUUAAAAAAAGUAGAUAAAUUUGUAAUUGAUUUUUAUUUAAAUAUUAGAUCUAACAUGAUAUCUCCGCAAGCUAAAACAUGUAAAGCCUCUUCAACUAUUCAUAAGAACUUAACUACCCAUUAGACAAAAAAUACUUAAUUCAAAGAAGAUACACUUUAGCAUCUUAGAAAAAUGCAGUAACAAAUAACACUUUAUAUAGAAGCACUAAAAAUUCAACAUCAGUUGGGGAAUUAAAUGCUUUUAAGCAAGAUUUAACUAAUUGUUCAAAUAUUUUAUAAAAAAUUAUGAGGAAAGAUUCAACUUAAUCUCCUGACAAACCUAUUUAAGCUACACAAAAGUUUAAGGAAGCUUUAAAUUCUAAGUUAUAAAAUGUUCCUGAUAAACAUAAAUCUUAUGCUAGUUUAUUAUUCUCUUUAGGAGACUUUAAUAAACCAAGAAUUCAGGAUGCUUAUAUACGUUAGAAUUCACCUCAUAUCAAUGAAGAUAUUUAAUUUAAAUCAAGAUAGUAUAUACCCCUAUAAUAAAAUAGAAUUUUUGCUUAUUAACCCCAUCAAAACUCUAGAAAGUAAUCAGAAACAAUAAAAUCAGAAGAAUCACACAAAAUGAGUACGGAAUAACCUAAAUAUUAAGAUAAAUAUGAGUAUCCAAAUUAUUAAAGGAAAGGUAAAUUUUAAUUCACAUUAGAUAUCCUAUAACUGAUGAGAGAUAUAAAAAGUUAAAAGCUUGGAAGUAAUAUUUAUGUCAAGUUAUAUUAGUAUCUGCAAAAAUCAAUUAUAAAAAGAAUCAUCCAAAGUAUGAAAAGCAGUAUAAUCUAUGUUAGUAUAAGGGGACCUAUUUCUGAAGGUUUAAGCGCUAGAUCAAAUAACUGUGAUUGAUAAAUUUAUCUAUCUAUAUAAUUUAUCG